AUGCUCACCACUAUACCACCAACGCCGCACCGCCCGGCUGCCAUCCACACGCCAGCCGGGGACUGCCACCGGCCCGCCUCCGCCUUGCACGGGCGCUCGUCGGAGCGCUCCUCAGCUCCUGGAUGCCAAGGGGACACCCAAGGCGGCCCUCGGUGUCCCGCCAGCGCCAGCCCUGCCGCGUCCAGCCCAAGCCAGCCGCUAAGACCAGCUGCGCUCCUCGAAGGGGGCCCCAUCGUCGCCCGCGUGCCACAGGGACGGUCGAGGGAGCCGCCUGGCCGCCACCCGCGGCCCCAGUGUGCUUGCCCAUCCGCCUGCAUCACACCUCACGCCCGGGGGGCCGUCCAGUCUCCGGGAGCCCUCGCAAACGCCCGCGCCCGCGCCCGCGCCCUGCACAAGGGGCGCUUCGCUUCGCUUGGCUGCCCCCUGACGGCGGCCCAGCGUCUGGCGUCUGGCGCCUGCCCGGGCCCCUGGCCCCGGGGGCCCCAGCCGCGCCCCCCAAACUCUGGCAACAGGCGACCCUCGCCACCCAUCCCCCCCGUACCUAGCCCCGCACCCGCUCGCCGUCGCCCCCACCCGCCCGUCCCUCCCGGCUCCUCGGACGGGACCUUCGGCUUCGCUUGGGUCGCCUCGCCAUGCCAGGAAGCGGCGCGGGCUCGCAAGCAGGGCUCUGGGGAGGAGCGCGCCGGCCGCCAUCCGCCCGGCAGGCUCCCACCACUGGAAGCCGGCGCCACCCGGCCUGGCCCCGGCCCCGGCCCCGCUGCGGCGGGCGUGGUCCCUUGUGGGGCCGUGGGGCCCGAGGGACGCGGGCGCGUGCACGCGGAGACGUGGGGAGGCUGCUGGACGGGCCGUAAGCCCCAGCGCGAGAGGCGACGCGGGGCCAGGCCAGGAAGAAAGUCGUCCACGGGCGCCCGGCGGGCUCACAAGGCCGACCUGCCCUGGCCGCUUCCCAGCCUGCAAAGCACACUCGACUCUCGGCCCGUCGUCAGGAUGGCCGAGCGGUCUAAGGCGCUGCGUUCAGUCCCUCCCAGUUCCACAGGGAGGUCCGCCAAAGACCUGCAGCUCAGCCCGGACGCCCGAGCCAACGGAGCCCAGCGAGGCCAGGCUACGACCACCCAGCCCCCUCUAAUAGGGGCGGAAUCGCCCGAGGAGCCUGACAGCGGGCCUCCCAGGGCCUCGGCGGCCUCACACGUUGGCACUCGGAGAGCCAGUCGCACUCAAGAGCCCUCUUCGUCCCACAUCCUAACUCCUUCUCCCGCCGUUCUUCCCCUUGGCCACUUCCAUUGUCCCGGCCUCCUGCGGAGCAAGCCCUCGCCCAUGUGGCUGGGCUUCUGGUCUUGGAGGCGACUUGGGGACCUUUCCCUGCCCACACUGCCUGCCCUGGGGCCACGCUGCCCUCCGCUCCGCAGUCCACACAGGGCAGCUGCCCAGAGACAGCGGGAGCGCUCCAGGUGGUGGCCUUGCGCCCCCCCCCCCCCCCCAGCUGGCCCACAUGCCCGUCGCCCUCCCACAGUCUCCAAGCUCUGGCUGCACUGCCUCUAG